CCGGUUUACGUAACGCCUCCCAGGGCAGGUCCCGGCUCCGUCCCGCCCGCCUCACUCGGGGACGGCAGCAGCGGGACGGAGUCCGCCGCCUCCUCCGGCUGCUAGAGGCCCCCGGGCCCCGCUGUGCGCCUCCACCGCCACGGCAGGUCCUGCUGGGGACUUGCAUCUGGCCUCAAUGUGAAAUUAAGGUAGAAAAACACAUCUUCAUAUGUGUUUGCUAGUAGGAUUUAGUUUAUUCACUGGUCAUGCCUGAAGAGUGAUGUUCGUCUCUAGAUGGCUAACUGCCAGGAAAUAUAAAUGAUUGUCCUAGAAGUCAAGCCUCUCUCCUAUUUACUGGAGUGAAAAUCACCUCCAGAUAUCGACGGAAUAUCAACUACAGAAAAUGCUUCACGUUAUAAGGAUGCCAACCACCUAGAUUCAUGCGCCCUAUCUGUACAAUUGUUGUGGAUGGUUUGCCAUCUGAAAGCUCCUCAAGCUCUUAUCCAGGCCCUGUAUCUGUUUCUGAAAUGUCUCUGCUUCAUGCUUUGGGCCCAGUGCAGACCUGGCUGGGACAAGAGCUAGAGAAGUGUGGCAUUGAUGCCAUGAUAUAUACUCGGUAUGUCCUCAGUCUUCUGCUGCAUGAUAGCUAUGACUACGACCUGCAGGAACAGGAGAAUGACAUCUUCCUGGGCUGUGAAAAAGGAGCUUACAAGAAAUGGGGAAAGAGUAAGAAAAAGUGUUCUGAUCUAACACUAGAGGAAAUGAAAAAACAGGCAGCUGUCCAGUGUCUUCGCUCUGCUUCUGAUGAAAGCUCUGGGAUCGAAACUUUAGUGGAGGAGCUUUGCUCCAGACUAAAAGACCUUCAGAGUAAGCAAGAGGAGAAGAUUAACAAGAAGUUAGAGGGUUCUUUGUCUCCUGAGGCUGAUUUAUCUCCCACAGCAAAGGAUCAAGUGGAAAUGUAUUAUGAAGCAUUUCCUCCUCUUUCUGAGAAGCCAAUUUGCCUGCAAGAAAUUAUGACUGUAUGGAAUAAAUCCAAAGUUUGCUCUUACUCUAGCUCCUCAUCUUCAUCCAAUGCUCCACCAACUAGCACCGAUACAUCCUCUCCAAAGGACUGCAAUAGUGAAAGUGAAGUAACUAAAGAGAGAAGUAACAAAGUGUCUGCCACUGUACAUGAAAGAACCCAGCAGAAAAAAAGUAAAACUGAGAGAGAGAACAAAUUCAGUAAUGGCACUGUUGAAGAUAAGCCUGCUUUAUAUAAAAAGCAAGUCCGACAUAAGUCUGAGGGAAAGAUGCGUCCUCGCUCCUGGUCGUCUGGUUCCAGUGAAGCAGGCUCAAGUUCAAGUGGUAAUCAAGGUGAAUUAAAAGCACCAGUGAAAUGUAUUAAAGUAAGACAUAAAACAAGGGAGGUUCGAAAUAAAAAGGGGCGGAAUGGGCAAAGCAGGCUUUCAGUGAAGACUGGUGAAAAGACUGAAAGAAAAGUCCAUAGUGGAAGUAGCAGCAGCAGUGGAUCGAUCAAACAGCUGUGUAAAAGGGGUAAAAGACCAUUAAAAGAAAUUGGAAGGAAAGAAACUGGCAGUAAUGAUGGAAAAGAUCUGUAUUUAAACAGCAGAAACGAAAAAGAAUAUAAAGAAGAACCCUUGUGGUAUACUGAGCCGAUUACAGAAUACUUUGUUCCUCUGAGCAGAAAAAGUAAGCUUGAGACUACGUACCGCAAUAGGCAAGAUAUGUGUGAUAUAACAUCAGAGGCUGUAGAAGAAUUGUCCGAAUCAGUGCAUGGUCUUUGUAUUAGCAACAAUAAUAUUCAUAAAACAUACCUCGCAGCAGGUACUUUUAUUGAUGGUCACUUUGUAGAAAUGCCUGCAGUUCUAAAUGAGGAUAUUGACCUCACUGGGACCUCAAUAUGUUCUCAACCAGAGGACGACAAAUAUUUGGAUGAUGUUCAUCUGUCAGAACUAACACACUUCUAUGAAGUGGAUAUUGAUCAAUCCAUGUUGGAUCCUGGUGCCUCAGAUAAAAUGCAAGGAGAAAGUCGGAUUUUGAAUAUGAUUCGACAGAAAAGUAAAGAGAAAUCUGAUUUUGAGGCAGAAUGUUGCAUAGUGUUAGAUGGAAUGGAGUUGCAAGGGGAAAGUGCAAUAUGGACAGAUUCAACCAGCUCUGUUGGUGCUGAAGGGUGGUUCUUGCAAGACCUUAGUAAUUUAGCUCAAUUUUGGGAGUGCUGUUCAUCUUCUAGCUCUGGUGAUGCAGAUGGAGAAAGUUUUGGAGCAGAUUCUCCUAUCUUAGACAGCACAAUGCUUAAUUCACACAUGCUUGCUGGCAAUCAAGAGCUCUUUUCGGAUAUUAAUGAAGGGUCUGGUAUAAACUCUUGUUUUUCAGUGUUUGAAGUGCAAUGCAGAAAUUCUGUUUUACCAUUUUCUUUUGAAACACUCAAUUUGGGAAAUGAAAAUGCAGAUUCUAGUAGCAGUGCUAAUAUGCUUGGAAAGACACAGUCUAGAUUGCUAAUAUGGACCAAAAAUAGUGCCUUUGAUGAAAAUGAACACUGUUCCAAUCUUUCAACAAGAACUUGUAGUCCCUGGUCACACUCGGAAGAAACACGUUCAGACAAUGAAACUUUAAAUAUUCCAUUUGAAGAAUCUACACAAUUUAAUGCAGAAGAUAUAAAUUAUGUAGUUCCUAGGGUGUCUUCAAGUUACGUAGAUGAAGAAAUUCUAGAUUUUUUUCAAGAAGAAACCUGCCAACAACAAGCUAGAACUUUAGGAGAAAUACCCACUUUGGUUUUCAAAAAAAAAUCUAAACUAGAAUCUGUCUGUGGUAUUCAGCUAGAACAAAAAGGAGAAGGUAAAGAUUAUGAAACAACACAAGUGUCUAGUGAAAGCAGCCCACAUGGAGAUGGCUAUAGCUCAGGGGUUAUUAAAGACAUUUGGACAAAUAUGACAGACAGAAAUUCUGCAGCAAUGGUAGAGAUAGAAGGAAUAGAAGAUGAAUUGUUUUCAACUGAUGUAAAUAACUAUUGUUGCUGUUUAGAUACUGAAGCAAAAGUUGAAACCCUCCAGGAACCUAAUAAGGCAGUGCAGAGAUCAGAGUAUCAUCUUUGGGAAGGUCAAAAAGAGAACUUGGAGAAGAGAGCAUUUGUUGCAAAUGAUUUAUCAGAAAUAGAUGGUGGUGAUUAUACUACACCAUCAAAACCUUGGGACAUAAACCAGGAUAAAGAAAACUCAUUUAUACUUGGUGGUGUGUAUGGGGAGCUCAAAACAUUUAAUAGUGAUGGAGAAUGGGCACUAGUGCCCCCUAGUCACACAAAAGGAAGCUUAUUACAGUGUGCAGCUUCUGAUGUAGUGACUAUAGCUGGUACAGAUGUCUUCAUGACACCAGGAAACAGCUUUGCUCCUGGUCACAGGCAAUUAUGGAGGCCAUUUGUGUCGUUUGAACAGAAUGAGCAAUCGAAGAAUGGAGAUAAUGGAUUGAAUAAGGGGUUUUCUUUUAUCUUCCAUGAAGACUUAUUGGGAGCUUGUGGUAACUUUCAAGUUGAAGAACCUGGACUUGAAUAUUCAUUCUCUUCCUUUGACCUGAACAAUCCAUUUUCACAAGUUCUUCAUGUAGAGUGUUCAUUCGAAUCAGAAGGAAUUGCAUCUUUCAGCCCUAGUUUUAAACCCAAAUCAAUUCUGUGCUCUGAUUCAGACAGUGAAGUUUUUCAUCCCAGGAUAUGUGGGGUUGACAGGACGCAGUACAGGGCUAUACGGAUUUCUCCAAGGACUCACUUUCGCCCAAUUUCUGCAUCUGAGCUUUCUCCAGGGGGUGGAAGUGAGUCAGAAUUUGAGUCAGAAAAAGAUGAAGGAAAUAUUCCAGCCCCUUCCCAAGUAGACGUGUUUGAAGAUCCACAAGCAGAUCUCAAACCACUAGAAGAAGAUGCAGAAAAAGAAGGGCAUUACUAUGGAAAGUUAGAGCUUGAAUCUGGAAAAUUCCUUCCCAGAUUAAAGAAGUCUGGAAUGGAGAAGAGUGCACAAACAUCACUGGAUUCCCAGGAAGAAUCAGCUGGAAUGUUGCCUGUUGGAAACCAAAAUCCCUGCUUAGAGUGCAGUAUGAAAGAAUCACUAGGUAUGAGGGAUAUGGAAAAUUCCAAAAUAAACUGCAGAAUAGUGGAGCAACAUGAAGAAAUUAACAGGUUUUGCAGUUGCAAAGCAGGUUGCCAUUUCCCUACAUAUGAGGAUAAUCCUGUUUCUUCAGGAGAGAUGGAAGAGUUUCCUAUAUUGAACGCUGAUCUGCAAACAACGAGUGGCAGCCAGGAAAAGCAGUCCUGGUGGGAAAAGGCACUCUAUUCUCCGCUCUUUCCUGCAUCACAGUGUGACGAAUGUUACACAAAUGCCAAGGGAGAGAAUGGUGUGGGAGAAUACCCAGAUAUAAAGGAAGUUCCCAACAAUGAAGAACAUCUUUUAGAUUUUAAUAUGGUUUCUUCUGUUCAUGAAGCAAGGUGUACAGAUGGUAGAAAUUCUGGAGCAAAACCAAAUGGCUUCAGGAAGAAAAUAUACUCCAGUGAUAGCUCCAGCUCUGAAGAGACAGCUUCAGAAGGUGGAAGUGAAUGGGCUGAUCCUUGUGAGGAGGAGCUUUUUUCUCGAACUCACCUAUAAAACUCCAGAAUACAACAAAUGAUUUAAAAGUAACAUGAGAUGGAAAACUGUCCUUCCUGAGGGUCUGUAGCUCUAAAACAACAACUUGAGUUUCUCUUCAGUUAACGGAUUCAGAUAUGUAUUUAUCUUUCUCUUCUUGCUUAUUUUAUAGUUAGGGACAUAACUGUCCUGUUGAAUAUUUUACUUUCUCCAAACUGUUAAAUUCUUGGCUAUUUGAACUAGACUAGAUUGUGUUGUCAAAUCAAGAAUGGAUGUGCAUGUGCUUGUCUUAGUGGUACCACUGCUUUUUUGCAUCUUAACUGCAGUUAUUAUCAUUCGUAACUGUAGCCCUACCACUAUUACUAUCUUACUAGCAUUGCAGUGUCUACAACUACUUCUGCUAUUCAGACUUUAGCUUUUGGCACAUUUAGGAUUUGUUCUUUGAGAACUGGGAGAUAAAUACUAAACACUGUAAUCUAUCAGUGCCUUUCUGAAUGCAGGAGAAAAGCAUGAAUGACUUGUCCAGUCUUCAUUCAGUAAAUCUCAUAACUUUGAAGUAGGAACAACAGGGUUGUGCUUUAGAGACUUACAGAAACUGUGUUUUCUAUCCUAUGAUUUUUCCCUCCCUCCCCCCAUCCUGCAAACCAACACUGAAAAUGCUAUGGUUUGUAGUCUUCUUGCUAACUGGAGAAGCCAAGGAUUUUUGUAGGUAUGGAGGCAAUGUGGAUUUUCUUUUCUUCUUCUUUUUUUUUUUUUUGUCCUUUUUAGUGACCUGCCAUUAUAAGGUAGAAGUAUUUUAAAAAAAAAACACCAAACCCCUCCCCCACUCCCCCAACCACUGGGGUUAUGUGGGGAUUGUUGUACACUUUGUAACAAGUAAUAAGGAUGUUGGCUUGUUGCAAAUGAUUGCAUUCGUGUAACCUGCAAAUGCAUCUUAUAUUGAAUUUGAGCCUGAUGACUAAAAGUAUCUAAAAUGCUCAGAAUGUUCAGUGUUUUAUAUGCAAAAGGUCAGUGCUUCACUUGAAAGAAAUCCUGUGGCUGCUGCAGUUAGCUGCUGUUGUGGCUGUAAUUUAGUAAAUCUCGUAGUUCAUUUUGUGUUCCUGAGAGAAUGUUAGGGGCAAGUUAUG